ACUAAAGAAAUGGAAGAUGUAUUAAAUAAACAGUUGGAUCAGUUGCAAAAGGCGAUCGAUGGCGUUAUGGAAUUGAAGACCAAGGGGCAGUCCACAGACGAAGCCCGCACAUCGGUCACUUUGAUGUUUGUGGCUCUGAAGCACGCAAAUCGGGAGGUGAAGCAAAAGAUCAAGGCUGGACGGGAUAAUCUACACCUGGAAAAGAACAAGGUUGACCUUAGCCGACUGCAGUUGCAAAAUCUGCUAUAUGAAGUGAGCCACCUGAAGAAAGAGAUCAUCCGUUGCCAGAAAUUCAAAAGUCGCGACACCCAGCUAGAACUACUCACGGAGGAAGAGUACGCGGAUAAGCUUUCCACCCCAUCCGACUCUAAAGAUGAGUUGUCUAGCCACAAGAAGCAUCUGCACCGGUUGGAGUGCGAACUUCGACUAAGAAAGGAUCUCGACAAACAGUACAGCACUCUGCUUAACUCGAAACAGGAGUUGUUGCAAGAUAGUCUGAGUCAAACACAGCGAUACGUUUCUUUUGCACCUGCCUUGCGCACAUUAAUGGGUGCCACUCAGCCGUUGCACGACGCCUUGCAACUAUCCCUAGACGUGGAGUGGAAGUUGAGUGCUGUGGUCAAGUACCUGCCGAAACCCCUUUACAUCCUGUUCAUCAACCUGCAAUCGAUUCAACGCAUCUGCGACGAUCACACGUUUACCUCCGAAGUAGUGGGAUAUGAAAGUGAAGUGCAAAUGCAGGAUUUGUUGAAUGAAAAGCACCAUGAUUCUUUGCAGUCGUUGAAAGUAGAAGAUGAGAAAUAUGGGCAACCUGAAAGUCCCUUGGAGAAGGCAUUGGUUCCUCACCCAUUGCAUAUUCGAAUUACAAUUGGAAAUGCUGGCGCCUAUCAAUUAAUUUUGCAGAUUCGUUAUUUUGAGCUUCUCAAGUGCACUGCUGUGUGGGCUCAAAUGAACUUUGCUAGUAACAAUGGCGGUGAUACAAACUUUGUGCACAACAUUCUGAGGCACUUAUACCCGAACGACUUGGGCAUCGAAAUACCCAUUCCAGGCAUCCAGUAUGAGCUACAGAAUUUUAAUAUAUCUGCUGAUGAAUGUCUGGCGCAUUUAAAGGCCAAAAACUUUGGAAAACCUUAUUGUUGGUUGCAAGGAAUGUGCGCUAUUCCAACAGUCAAUAGUUCUAUGCUGUACAACCACGAGCUGAAUUUGAACAAAAACACACAGGAAAUAAUAACCCGAAUCUCCAGGCGUUGGAACACUUGGUUGAAGCUAAGUCAGCAGAUUCGAGGUUUGACGUACAAGGAUGUCGAUCUAGCCACUUUGAAGGAGAACAUUUACCCUGCCGGCUUGUCGUGCAGUCUUGUCCAAUGGACGGCAAUCACAUUGGAGGAAUUUCAUGCGCAAAACUCUGAUGUGUUCAAGAUUUCGUCAGACGACAAUGAAAUCACUUACAGUAUAUACAGGGCUGUAAUUGUUCGAGGAGCUGCAAAAAUGGAGUGUUUCAUUAGAAUCCCAAGCAAUUACCCCAGGGAAAUACCUCUUUGGAUUUUAAAUGUCCAUUGGAACGGAUGUCAUACAUCGCAAAACAACUCCGCCAUCAAGAUGAUGGAGUUCUGGACCAACUCCCUACAGCCAAAACAACUAGAGGACAACGAGCGCAUUCUGUAUGCCCAACUCUACCGCACCAUAUACAGCUUCGACAUAUUUCUAGAGACUGAAGGCUCCAUGCAAAGCACAAUCGAAUAUAACAAGGAAAAACCAUACAUUAGUGCUUUUGCAAAGCGGAAUCGAGCGCGUCCAUAUAGGUACAUUAAGAAGGGUUCGGUGUAUGCCUUCAAACAGUGAUGUUUUUAAACAGAAUUUUGUUGUGCGGUUACUAAACAAUUUCACAGUUGCUGUUUAUUACGUUUAGUAAUACAAUAAAUAAGUAACAUUUAAAGCUAGCUACAAUUUCAA